UAUUGGCGUUCCAUACGAGUGAAGGUGGCGUAGGAAGAGGACGAUAAGGAAGACGCUGGUCUGUACAGAUGGGAUGUGUAAGGCUGACAGGCAUGAGGAGUGAAUCUAAAGAGCUGUUAAGCGAUGAGACGGCUAGGGACACCUUUGGUCCAGCUGCAAGCCCUGAGCACAGGGUGGGGUGUAUGUCCGUUAUGGGAGUGUUACUGCUCGGGGUCGGUGGACUGCUGUCUGUCCUGGCUGCAGGACCACUGCACGCGCAUUGCUCAGUCACAUGGACUGUAGACAUCCCAUGCUUUGAUGCAUCCUCCCUUCUGGUAAACCAGAUAAAAGAGUGGACAACAGAUCACUGUCCCCUGAAGAGCCAAAAGUGCCUGUUCUCUCUCACGUCUGUAAUUGGUGAUGAUAUAAUUGCCACUCACACCACUCCAGUAAUGAGGUUCAUUGAUGACAUCACAUUUAACUUCAGCAGCACAAGCUCAGACAGCUGUGAGAUUAAGGGUCACUCUACAUCUCGUAGCUGGUACACCAUAUUAGAUUCAGGAAGCAAUUACCUGAAUAUGUACAGUCUUAUGAGAGCCAGUGGUCUGUCCUCAGCACCAAGCUUCACUGAGUCCACCAGUGACCGAACUUGUACACAGUACUCCUCCAUUAGACUGAAACUGAACUCAUAAAUGACACUUCUCUCUCAUGCUAGACCCAGCGAUGUUCUCACAUUAGUACUAGUUACAUAAAUAACUUGUUCAGUGAACCCUGAAGAACCAGCAGGAAUAAUACUACUAGAUCUUCUAACAAAAUCACACAGUUAUGAAUAAUGCAGUAUUCACUAUACAUUCUGAUGUCAAACGGCCAUUCUUGGUUCAAAAUGGCAAUGAGCCCUGGAUUUUAAAACCAUGGAUACAUGAGUACCAACAAUAUCAUGAGGAAAAAAUAAUUCUUAGGAUUGCCUUGAAAGGUUGUCAGAGAUGAUCACAAUGAUCAGCUCAGACUUUCUAGAGUGGAAGAACAGCUAAAUGAAGCCCAUAAGUAGAAGUGGCAUGUUAUGUUAGGGGAUGGUAUACUGUUGAAAUGGUGAUGACGUCCACCAUACAGUUGGCUAGCCACUGCUUAGACAAGGUAGCUCCCUAAGUCCUACCACAAUACAGGAUAAACAGUUGAUCUGAGGAUCAGAUGGUUGCCAGCAGUAACACCACAUACUGGGCUCAGAAUAGAAUGCCCUACAGGCUCAUCCUCAAACUCUUCAACAGUUUCACAUCCAAUGCAAUAUUUAAAUAUUUCACCAGGGAGACAUUCAAACAUUUUUACUCAGCAAUUGGAUAGUUUGCAUGUGAGUAUUGUGCUUUAUCUGGUGAGACCAGCAGUGAUGUGAACCAGCAUCAACAGCAGGCAUGAGGCUAAAACUGACCUAUUUGUGCUUUAUUGUAUUAGUGUCAUAAGAGUGUUAGCGUUAUUAUAAGUGUUAAUACAUAAGUGAAUGGUUUUAGCCCACAGUAUAUGAUUGUUUUGUUUAUCAUCAUCCAACAAGGCUGCAUACUCUCAUUUUUCAUUUAACAAGAAUUUUUCUUCUUUCUCUCUCUAUAGCAGUGUUACCUUCCCUUACUUUGAAUUCAUUUUUGAUUAGUUGCAUGUCUCUGUUAAUAUUUAUGUGAUUUAUGUUCUAAAUAAUUAAAAAUAUUUUUUAGCAUUAUUUCCCCUACUAAUAUUUGGAUAUCUGUUUGAGCCAGUUUGGUCUUCUGACAUCUUAUGUAGCUCUACAGACCACUAGAGGGCAUUGGCAGCCCACUUGUAGUCCUUAGCUUAGUGGUUGAGAAACCCCUGUAUAUACUGUAGCAGACUGAUUGUGCUCCGACUUGGACUGAUUUUGAACGUAUUUUGCAAGUUAAAAUGUGAGAUUGGAGCUCAAAAACUGCUGUGUUUGUUUGUUUUAGUUUAUUAUAUGAACAAACAGAAUGAUUCAAUGAUUUUUGAGCAAUGGCAACUUCAGGAGGACAUUUUAGUAAAAACAGGGCAAUAUUAACACUGCCAGUGAAACAAUACUACUACUACUACUACUACUACUACUACUACUACUACUAUAAUAAUAAUCAUCAUCAUCAUUAUAAUUAUAAUAAUAACAUACCUACCUAGACAGUAAAUGGAAUUCAGACUAUAAAUAGGAUUUGUAGGAUUUAUCCUGGUACCCUGAAACUGUUUCUUACAGUCCAUGUUUCUUCAUGUCACAUAAACUAAAUUGGUGUUUGUUCAGUCUUAUCAGCAUGUAAUCAUUUAUUUGUUAACUUCUAUUAAAUUAAAAACAUUGCUAACACCUGCUUCCAAUGAUGUUUUUCUUGUGCAGUGGAGUUAUGGGUCAGAAAACAGGCA